GCGAUCACAAAUAGAAUGAAGCCUUUGAUGCGCAAACUGAUUGCCCCCACCCAGAGUGGAUUCAUCCCUGGUCGUCAAACCAAUGACAAUGUGAUCUUACUUCAGGAGGUUCUCCAUUCGCUUCGACACAAGAAAGGAAAGAAGGGAGGGAUAGUGAUCAAAGUAGAUUUGGAGAAAGCUUAAGACAGGCUCAGGUGGGAUUUUCUUCGAGAUACCUUGAUGGAAAUUGGCCUGCCUAGCACCUGGACAAGUCGAAUCAUGUUCUGUGUGGAGAAUAACCAGAUGAAGAUCAAUUGGAACGGGAAGCUCACGAAUCCGAUUACACCUUCCAGGGGCGUUCGUCAGGGGGACCCCCUAUAACCUUACCUUUUUGUUCUUUGCAUGGAAAGAUUAGCCCAUCGCAUUGAAUUAGCUGUUUCGGAGAAUCAAUGGAAACCUAUAUCUUUAACUCCCAAUGGUCCUAAACUUUCACAUCUUUUCUUUGCUGAUGACCUCAUUUUGUUUGCAGAAGCAGAAAACAAGCAGCUAGAAACUAUUCGGAGAUGCUUAGAUGAAUUCUGGAGCAGCUCUGGCCAGCGGGUUAAUUUGUCAAAAUCUGCUAUGUUUGUUUCUCCAAACAUACCUAGCAACAGAGCCCAACAACUGAGUAGUAGAGCUGGAAUUCCCUUAAACGCAGACCUUGGGAAAUAUUUGGGGAUUCAUACGAUUAAUGGCAGAGUUACCAAGGCUAGGUAUAAGGAGCUCUGCCUGCGCAUACAGAAAAAGCUUGCUUCUUGGAAAACAAGACAUCUCUCUUUAGCAGCUCGCUUGACUCUGGUGAGAUCAAUUUCUACCUCUAUGACUGUCUAUCCUAUGUUUACAGAGGCACUUCCUACUUCGGUUUGCAAUGAUCUUGACAGGUGCAAUCGAGAGUUCGUUUGGGGAGAGGAGGAUGGGAAGUCUAAAUUUCACCCGAUUGCUUGGGAUCAUAUGACGUUGUCAAGGAAGAUGGGAGGUGCAGGGAUCCGACCAACAAGACUCGCCAAUCAAGCCUUGCUGGCGAAGGGAGGGUGGAAGCUAGUCACUAAUGAUCAGUCGCUAUGGGCUAGAGUGCUUCGGGACAAAUAUGCUCGAUCAAAAAAGGGACUUUCAGUUCUGCAGAAACGAAAGGGAAGCUCCAUGGCCUGGCGAAGUUUUACUUUGAUUAUUGAUGUCCUUAAAAAGGGCUAUACUAUUAAUGUUAAAAAUGGGCGGAUAACUAACUUCUGGCAUGAUCCUUGGGUGUCGCAGGUACCGUUGAUUGAUAUAGUACCGAGGAGAUUUCGGAAAGCAGACAAGCAAAAAUGGUAGCUGAUCUUUGGGACCCGGACAAUGGAUGGAAACUGAAUGAAUUUCAAGACAGCCUGCCUCAACACAUGAUAGACAACAUCCGAUCGGUCUUGGUUGAUCCAAUGGCGGGUGAAGACGACCAAAGCAUCUGGAACUUGUCCUCCAAUGGCCUGUUCACAGCAAGUUCCGCCUUCAAGGCUAUCUCACCGCAACAUCAGAGCUCUCUCCCACCUUCCUUUUGGCAAAGAAUCUGGAAACUCCACGUUCCUGAGAGAGUAAGGGUUUUCAUGUGGAUGGCCAGCAAAGGCAGACUGACGACCAAUAGCAUCCGGAAGUACCGUCAUAUCACCCAGGACGACAAGUGUCCGGAAUGUCCGGAUGUGUCAGAAUCAAACCUCCACUACCUGAGAGAUUGCGUUUUGGCUAAGGCGGUGUGGUUGAAAAUCAUCCCUGCUCAGGAGCAUUCUCAUUUCUUUAGCCUUGGCUAUGAAAAUUGGCUUCAGGAGAACAUCUCUAAUGAAGACCACGGUGAUUGGACGGGUGAUUGGGCAAGCUAUUUCAGCCUCAUAACCUGGUAUCUCUGGAAAUACAGAAAUGAUAGUGUCUUCAAAGGAAAGAAGUUGUCUCCCUCGUCCCUCCACAACUAUGUCAUGGCAAAGGCUAGAGAGUGGAGCAAGGCCUGGAGUGAGGGACGAUUAGAUGCAAAUGCUCAUGACCAACAUGCAAGAACCGAAGCACUAAUUUCCUGGAAAGCUCCUGCCGCCGGAUGGGGGAAAAUGAACACUGACGGGGCGGCUCAAGGCAGCCCGAGAAUCGCCUCCGCUGGCGGAGCACUUCGUGAUUCACAAGGCACGUGGCUGGGCGGCUUUUGCAGCAAGAUGGGUAAUGGUACAGCCAUUAUGGCCGAGCUCUGGGGGAUUCUUCAGGGACUUCAAUUGGCUUGGAAGAAAGGCAUCAGAUUCCUUAUCCUCGAAUCGGACUCUCAACUUGCUUUGGAUUUGAUCAAGAACAGGACGGAUGCAGCUCAUCUACAUGCCACUAUUCUUGGUUUGAUUCGUCGUCUUCUCGCUCAAGGCUGGGUGGUUCAACUUGCUCAUACGUACCGGGAAGGGAAUAGAGUCGCGGACUGGCUCUCGAAGCACAGUCUCGUCUAUCCCUUUGGUACGUAUGAGUUAGAUGAACCUCCAGGUGAUUUAAAGAAAAUUAUGCAGGAGGACCUUUUGGGAGUGAGCUUCCCUCGGCAAGUCCUGCAAAGGUCCAGUAGUGAUAAUUGAUUUUUGGUUUGAGCUUUGCUUGUUGUUCCUCCCUUCGCAUCUGUGUGUGUUUGGGUGAUCCUGGUGGCCUUGUAGCCCCUCUAUAAUCCUGGCGUCUGCCUCCCUUUUUAUAAAAAAAAAAAAGAAGCUAUAUGUACGCAUGCGAUGCGACGCAUCAAGAGAGAAGAAGAAAAACUCACCCUCUAACGUACGUUGGUUUAAUUAAUUUAAUUAUCAAGGAGAGGAGAUGGAAUGAUCAACUUGAACAAAAGUUUUUUUUCAAUGAUCAUGAAAAGCUCACAUCAAAGACAUUUUAACUAAUAUUAAUUAAUGAAAAAACUUCAAAUGA